AACAAAGAUACGCGUUUAUCACACUAUCGUAAUCUAGUUCGUGGUUUAUUUAAACUAAAAAACCAAUCGAUACACAUCCAAUGGUUUAGCCGUAGUGGAAACAACUGGAACUUCCAGUUCGUUCAGUAUCGUCGCUUUUCGGCGGCAAAACAGGUGCUCAAAGAGACUAUUCUAUAUGGAAAGAGCGGAAAGCAGAAUAACUUGAAGAUUUUGUCUGAGUGAAUAUGUCACUCGCGACUGAAACGACAAGAUUGCUAUCAGAACAAACAAAACCACAAUACGCAUUUGAUACAAGUCUAGCACGGGAACGUAAAAGACGAGUUAAACAAUUCCAAUGUUGUUUAUGCGUUAUUUUUGUUUCUUGUCUUGUGAUAGGAUUUUUGGUUGCAAUCGUUUGGGGUAUCAAUAUAACGGAGAAUAAUUUCAGAAAUGUCACAAAUAAUAGUUUACCCUCACCCCCAGACACACUUGCGACGUUACUUGCAAUUUCCUGGCCACUUCGUGACAAAACAAUAAAUACGACUUUUUGCAAUAAUCAGAGUGAGUGGAAUCAGGCCCUUGAAGCGGGCCAAAGGGCCUUAAAUACGAAAAAUCAAAUUGAAAAAAAUGUGACACAAGCUGCGUUAAAUAGUCCGAGUUAUAAACACCAGAAGGUUUUUUUGUUUUCAAAUAAAACUCAAGUUUUGGCCAAUUUGGGGUACAUACAAGAGUCAGCAAGAAGGUUUUUCCCUAUCAAUGGUAGCAAAAUUUGUAAUCGAGCUAAACCGUGUUUCGAAUCGCAGAAAUGUAGCGAUUUUGCGAAAUUUCGCACUUAUAAUGGCAGUUGUAACAAUUUAGUGCACCCCAAUUUCGGGGUUGCCUUUCAACCAUUUCGGCGUGCCCUCCCCCCGGACUACGCCGAUGGGAUUAGCAGCCCCCGAGGUAAUGGAACACUACCAUCAGCCCGAAUCGUCAGUUUGGAAGUCCAUCGGGCAUUUUACAAAAACGAUGAUAAAUUCACUGUGAUGUUGGCCGUUUUUGGACAAUUUCUAGAUCACGACAUGACAGCGACAGCCCCCAAUCGGGGACCCAACGUCUCGACUAUUGCUUGCUGUGGCCAAAAAAUCACCCAUCCGGAGUGCUUCCCAGUCACCCUAGCCCCAUUUGACCCCUUAACCGAAUUCAACCUAACUUGUAUGGAGUUUGUACGUUCGGCACCUGCAAAGACUUGUUGUUUGGGGCCCAGGGAACAAAUGAAUCAAGUGACUGCGUUUAUUGACGGAUCGGUCAUUUACGGGGUUGAGGAAAAGACAGUUGGGGCACUCCGGACUAUGACAGGGGGCGAACUCGAAAUGUAUAACCGAACUUUGCUACCGGUUUCGAAGGAUUUAACCGAUGGGUGUAACCGACUUGAAGAGAGUCGGAAAGGGAGAUAUUGUUUCUUAACCGGUGACGCAAGAGCCAACGAAAAUUUGCACUUGACUAGUAUGCACUUGAUUUGGGCUCGACAACAUAAUUUAAUUGCUAGAAAUUUAGCCCUCUUGAACCCUGACUGGGACGAUGAGAGGUUAUUUCAAGAGAGUCGGAAAAUAAUAGGGGCGCAAAUGCAACACAUCGCUUAUCGAGAAUUUCUCCCGAUUCUUUUGGGGCCGGAUUUGAUGUCAAAAUCUGACUUGAACCCACGAACUUCCGGUUAUUUCAGUAAAUACAACCCAGACUACGAUCCUUCUAUAGCCAACAAUUUUGCAACAGCAGCAUUCCGGUUCGCCCACUCCAUUAUCCCGGGUUUAAUGAAAUUUUUGGCAAAAGACUCGACUAGUCCCGAGUUCGUUCAAUUGCACAAAAUGUUGUUUGAUCCGUUUCGGUUGUACCAAGCCGGGGGGCUGGAUGAGGCCUUGCGAGGCGCCAUGGACACCCCUAUCCAAGCCAAUGACCCCUACUUCAGUAGCGAACUCAAAGACAAGCUGUUUGAGGACGAUUCGAAUGAAAAAGUUCGCUCGUAUGGCUUGGAUUUGGUCUCUUUGAAUAUACAACGAGGCCGCGACCAUGGAUUAGUUGGCUAUAACAGCUGGCGAGAGCAUUGUGGAUUAAGGAGAGUCUCCACGUUUGAACAACUUCAGGGGGACUUUGACGAUGAUUCACUCAGAAACAUUCAGGCUAUCUAUAGAGACGUGGAGGAUGUGGACUUGUACACGGGGGCCUUGAGCGAGAAGCCCCUCAAUGGGAGUAUUUUGGGCCCGAUUCUGACUUGUUUGAUCCACGACCAAUUCGUGCGAGUCAAAUAUGGGGACAGAUUUUGGUACGAAAACCCCAACUGGUUCACUCUUGAGCAACUCAACGAAAUUCGUAAAACAUCCCUUGCACGUAUUAUUUGCGACAAUUCGGACGAAGUCACCGAAGUGCAGCCUUUAGUAAUGGAGAAAAUCCGAAAUGACAAUAAACUGGUCCCUUGUAGCGCCCUUCCUGACCCCCAAUGGGGCCCGUGGAAAGACACCCUGCACCGCGUUCGCACUUCCGAUGAUACAGUUUCAGUGAAAUCAGUUAAUUGAUAGUUUGCACAAUAAAUAAAGUGUGUUUUUUUGGGUGUUGCAAACGUCAUAAUCACAAGGCGACAAAAAAAGUCAUGUCGUGACAA